AUGAUGAUGCAAAACUACUUAGACGAAAUUAAGGAUAAAUUAUACGGUGAAUCUGUUGUUGGAAAGAUUUGGGGAGUUGCAUUACCCGCUUUAAAGCAAAAGGAGCCUCCAACUGAAUUUCCUGACUUGACCAAAGAAGAUAGAUAUAUCACUAGAGAUGUUGAAUUUUGGACUUCUGGCUUUUUUGCCGGAAACCUUUAUACUUUAUUGGAAAGAAGUGAGAAAUAUCCAAAGUAUUACCCUUCCGACAAACUCAAUCCUCUUAAAUUAGAAUUCGCUUCUAAAUGGUGGUCUGAGCCAUUGGUGGCUAAAAAGACUAAAACUGAUAAUCACGAUUUAGGUUUCAUGAUCGAGCCUACUUUUAAGAAGGAAUUAGAUCGCAGUGGUAGCGAAAAAGCAAAGGAUGUAAUCAUAACUGCGGCACGUUCACUUGCUACUAGGUAUGACGCAAAAGUUGGCUGUAUUAGAAGUUGGGAUGAUUUUCAUGGCAUUAUACCAUGUUCAUAUGAGAAGGAUCUCAUUGUUAUCAUCGAUAACAUGUGUAACUUAAACUUAUUAUACAUGGGUGCCAUCUUGAGUGGUGAUUUAAGCCUAUCUACAAUUGCAACUACACAUGCAGAGACUACUCUAAAGAAUCAUUUUAGAGAAGAUAUGUCGUCUUACCAUGCCCUUGUAUAUGACAGAGAAACAGGAAAGGUUAAAGAAAAAUUAACUGUGCAAGGAUAUGCCGAUGAAUCGUCUUGGGCUAGAGGUCAAGCAUGGGCUAUUUUAGGCUAUUCCGAAACUUACUACUACACCAAAGAUGAAAAGUUUUUAGACGCUGCUAAGACAAUUUCCAAAUAUUACAUGUCUCAAUUGACUGAAGAUGGAGUUCCACCUUGGGAUUUCCAUGCUCCCGAUAAGGAAAUAAAGGAUGUCGCUUCUGCUAUGGCUGCAGGACUUGGGAUGCUUAAGAUUUAUGAGUAUACUAAGGAGAAAUGGUUCUUAAAUAGUACCUUAAAGCUUGUGUUUGACUGUACUAAGAUCGCCUAUAAUGAUGAAGCUAAAUGGAGCGAUGAUGGUUCGGUUGAUAUUGGUAAAACUGACACCAUCUUAAACAAGUCAACAUUUUUCAACAAGCCUAGCGCGCCUGCAGAAUUUAGAGCAGCAAAUCAUGGUUAUGUUUAUGCUGAUUAUUAUUUUUUAAUGAUUGGUAACAAAUUGUUAGAAUUAGGUCUCUAUGAUAAAUAA